UUCUGUUGCUGUCAAAAAAACUCCGCUUCUUCAGCCGCUUCUCACUCUUUACGAUCUCCAAAAAUUCAGAAAAGUUCGUAUUUUUUUUGCUUCGACAAUGGCGAUCGUUUGUCUGAACCCCUCGUGCAAUUCCUCAAGUUCGUCUGCCUUCGAUGUAAAUUCUCAAAUCCGGUUGGGAAAGAAUGCCAACUUCGAUCAGAUUCCGUCAUGGGUUUCGCUCAAACGGAGAGAUUCUUCUGCAAAAAUCUCGCAUAAGCAAGGUCAAGUCGAGAAUUUGCAUUUGGUUUCGUUGUCGAGGCAAGGGAAGCUGAAGGAGGCGUUUGAGUUUUUCAAGGAACUGGACAAGGCUGGUGUCUCCAUCAGCCCGCGUUCUUACGAAUGUCUACUGGAGACUUCCAGAGAAUUGAAAUCUCUACCUGAUGGGAGAUUCUUGCAUGACCAUAUGCGAAGAACUAUGGAAAAUCCAUCUGGGUUUCUUCAGAACUGUAUUCUGCGGAUGUACUGUGAGUGCGGGAGCUUAGAAGAAGCACAGAGAGUGUUUGACGAAAUGCCCCACAGAAACGCGGUUUCUUGCAUAGUUACAAUGAUGUCUGCUUACGCGGAACAUGGUUUGUUGGAUAAAUCUCUUUGCUUGUUCACGAGAAUCAUGGAGUCAAGAAGCAAAUUGAGUUCUUCCGUUUAUACAACACUCUUGAAAUCCUUGACAAACCCUUCUGUUUUGGACAUCGGUAAGCAAGUUCACGCCCAUGUUAUACGAUCUGGGUUGAGUAGCAAUGCCUCUAUCGAGACAGGGAUCUUGAACAUGUAUGUGAAAUGUGGUUGGUUAGCUGGUGCGAAGCUAGUGUUCGACCAGAUGGUAGUAAAGAAACCAGUAGCUUGGACGGGUUUAAUGGUGGGUUAUACUCAAGCUGGAAGAGAGAGAUAUGCUUUAGAACUGUUUCUGGAUUCGAUAAGGGAAGGUAUCGAAUUGGACGGAUUCGUGUUUUCAAUUGUUCUCAAGGCAUGCGCCUCUUUGGAAGAGUUUAGUCUCGGGAGACAAGUGCAUGCCCGUGUGGCUAAGCUCGGGAUUGAGUCUGAUGCUUCGGUUGGAACCCCGCUAGUUGAUUUCUACAACAAAUGCGGAAACUUUGAGUCAGCAAUUCGUGCAUUCGGAGCAAUUCAUGAACCGAACGAUGUUUCCUGGAGCUCGAUAAUCUCAGGAUACUGCCAAGUGGGUCAAUUCGAGGAGGCGAUUAACAUCUUCAAGUCUUUAAGAAACGAGGAUAUGGUUCUUAAUUCUUUCACUUACACUAGCAUAUUCCAAGCAUGUUCAUCAUGUGCAGAUUGCAAUACCGGCGCUCAAGUUCAUGCAGAUGCGAUAAAACGAGGUCUAAUCCGAUCUCUACAUGGUAAGAGCGCUUUGAUUACAAUGUACUCGAAAUGUGGCAGAUUAGACUAUGCCCGUGAAGCCUUCGAAUCAAUAGAUAGACCCGAUACUGUCGCCUGGACAGCAUUUAUAUCGGGCCAAGCUUACUAUGGAAAUGCCUACGAAGCACUGAGUUUGUUCGAGAAGAUGGUGGGUUGUGGUAUAAAUCCGAAUGGAGUUACAUUUAUCGCGGUUUUAACAGCUUGCAGUCAUGCAGGUCUCAUUGGAGAAGCCAGGAAUUAUUUGGAGACGAUGCUUAGUAAAUACAAUGUCGGUCCAACCAUCGACCACUACGAUUGUGUGAUCGAUGUAUAUGCUCGUGCUGGGAAAUUAGAUGAAGCUUUCGAGUUUAUGAAGGGCAUGCCUUUUGAACCUGACGCAAUGAGUUGGAAAUGUCUUCUAAGUGGGUGUUGGACUCAUAAGAAUCUAGAGCUCGGGAAAGUUGUGGGUGAAGAACUUCGACGGCUUGACCCAAAAGAUACCGCAGGAUAUAUUCUACCGUUCAAUCUCUAUGCAGCGGCCGGGAUGUGGGAAGAAGCUGCCGAGAUGAGAAAGUUAAUGGCCGAGAGGAAACUAAAGAAGGAGCUUAGCUGUAGUUGGAUUAGUAUCAAUGGUAGGUGCCAUCGGUUCAUCGUGGGCGAUAAACACCACCCGAAAACCGAGCAGAUCUAUGCGAAGCUGAAGGAGUUCGAUGAUUUCGGGAAAGGUGACGGGUUUCGGUGUGGUUUCCCCGAGAGGAGAGAGCAACUUCUUGAUCAUAGCGAGCGACUCGCCAUCGCUUUCGGGCUGAUAUCGGUGACAGGUGAUGCCCCUAUAAGGGUGUUCAAGAAUCUCCGGGCGUGCAGUGAUUGCCAUGAGUUUGCGAAACGCGUUUCUUCGGUAACAGGUCGAGAAAUCAUCGUUCGGGAUUCGAGGAGAUUCCACCAUUUCCGGCAAGGACAAUGCUCUUGCAACGAUUACUGGUGAUCUCUGUCGGAACCAUACUUGAACCUGCUUGUAUAUAUUGUCAAACGUGGUGUGGAUAAUGCAAUACCAUAGGAUUCUAGACAUGCUUGAAUAGUGCGAUCUAGUCAUAGGAUGUUGUCGGGUAUCCGUGAUUUUGGGAUAUUCGAUUCCAAAUUCGUGUUUUUCAGUUUCAGGAAUCUAAAUCCGUCCCCA